AUAUCGGAAGAUUUUGUCCUUCCUGCAAAAAAAUGGCUAAAGCUUUAGUGCUGUUGUCAGUGGUUCUGGUCAGUGUUUUUGUGAAUAAUGGGACAGCUUCAGAGAACCAGCGGCUCUUCAACAACGCUGUCAUCCGUGUACAACAUCUGCACCAGCUGGCUGCAAAAAUGAUCAACGACUUUGAGGACAGCUUGUUACCCGAGGAACGCAGGCAACUUAGUAAAAUCUUCCCACUGUCUUUCUGCAACUCUGACUCCAUAGAGGCUCCCACUGGCAAAGAUGAAACACAGAAAAGUUCUGUGCUGAAGCUACUUCACAUCUCUUUCCGUCUCAUUGAGUCAUGGGAAUACCCCAGCCAGACGCUGAGUGGAACCAUUUCAAACAGCCUGACCAUCGGGAACCCCAACCAGAUCACAGAAAAGCUGGCUGACCUGAAAGUGGGUAUCAGCGUACUCAUAAAGGGAUGUCUUGAUGGACAGCCAAACGUAGAGGAUAACGACUCCCUUCCGCUGCCUUUCGAGGAUUUCUACCUGACCUUAGGAGAAAACAACCUCAGAGAGAGCUUUCGUCUGCUGGCUUGCUUUAAGAAAGACAUGCACAAGGUGGAAACCUACCUGAGGGUUGCAAACUGCAGGCGAUCCCUUGAUUCCAACUGUACCCUGUAG